AAUUGGUCACGUGUGUCAAGGUGUCUGUGUGUCUCUCAGCCAUUUUAGAAUUUUCACUUUAUUUUUUUACAUUCUCGGCUCAGUUUCCUCCUCCAGAACCAUGGGAGGGGGUGAAAAGUUCCAAAUACCAGACUGGAGGAUGUACAAGGCCAAAGAUCUACCAAUGUUAACUGAUUUAGAGCGUGCAUUAGCUGCAAGGGGCUUAAAAGAUCCAUGGAUCAGGAAUUAUGCAUGGAGAUACAUGCCAGGCAACUAUACACCACCCUUCACACUAUUUAAGAUGACAGUAUUUAGGGGCUUCAAGUGGGGACUAGCCUUGACAGCAGUCGCAAUUGUCUUAGAUGGACUAAGAACCAAGUAUAAUCCACCCAAACAUGGGCACCAUUGAACUAGAUUAGAUUAGGAAAUAGGAUUUGUUAUAGGAUUUAAGACUAAAGAAAUGAAUUAGGAAUUGUGUUUCGAUUGUAAAGUGUGAUCCUUUACUGCCAAGCUUGAUUUGUGUCAUCUGGAUUAUUAACCAAAAUAUGCUCUAUCAGAAACAAUACCAUGCUAGUAUCAAUAUAAGCAAUUCUGAUCUUUUUGGAAAGUCAUACAUACCAUCUGUUAGAAAUGCUGGAGGACAUACUGAGGUGCACUCAUUUGGAAACAAAUCUUGCAACCAAGGAAGAAAGAACAUUGUGAAUGUGAUUCUUGAACUUUAUUUAUAAUGUAUUGCCAGACCCAGAUGAUUGUGCUCUAAAUAAAUUAGGAUUAUUGUUAUACAAAA